UCAAGCUUGAGUUUCAGUGGCGAGGAGACACCGUGAGGAGAAGAAAGAGACUCUCUGGAGUGACUGGACGCUUAUAACACAAUCCUCUGGAAGUGAUUCAUUAUAUGAUAGGAAGCUUUAAAAGAUCUCUUUCUGAUAUCAGCACAACUAUCAGGUGUUUACUCGUGAGUUUACGCAUGGACGCGCGAGCUGCUGUUUUAAAGAAAUGAAGACUCGAAAACAAAUCAACAGAAAGUGAUAAAGGUCACGCGCAUUAACAUGGCCAUCACGGGCUCUUCGUUCACGGGUCUGAUACUGAUGUUGCUCAUCACUUUACCGGACUCGACCGGCGCAUGCCCGCGUCCGUGCGCCUGUUACGCGCCCGGUGAAGUUCACUGUACCUUCCGCUCGCUCGUCACCGUGCCCGCGGGCAUCUCGACACGCGCCCAGCGCGUAAAUCUGGGGUUUAAUGCUAUAAAUCACAUCACAGUCGUGUCCUUUGGUGGCCUCAGAAGACUGGAGCUCCUUAUGAUGCAUGGAAAUAAUCUGCAAAAGAUUCCAGAUGGUGCAUUUCAGGAUCUUGUUUCCUUGCAGAUUUUAAAAAUGAGCUACAACAAGUUAAGUGUGAUCACCGGACACAGCUUCUCUGGUUUGACGGGUCUCAUCAGACUACAUCUAGACCACAACCGCAUAGAGUUCAUUCAUCCAGAUGCUUUCGGUGGGAUGACAUCGCUUCGCUUGCUUCAUCUAGAGGGCAACCAUCUGCAGAAGCUCCACCCUGCUACUUUCAGCACCUUCUCACUGCUCCAGCGCUUUCACAUCUCAACACUGAAGCAUCUUUACCUCUCUGAUAAUCUCCUGAGCACACUGCCUAAAGAGAUGAUGGGAAACCUUCCUCAGCUGGAGAACAUCUUCUUGUAUGGGAACCCGUGGAGCUGUGACUGCAGGAUGAGUUGGCUGCAGGACUGGAGAAGUUCUGGAGUGGUGAAAUGUAAAAAGGACAGAACAUUUGCCGAUGGUCAGCUGUGUCCACGCUGCUCCUCUCCUAAACAGCUGAUGGAAAAAGAUAUCUCAGAUGUUAAAGAGUUUAUUUGUACAGGACCAGCCAUCAGCUCUUCUGGAAAAGACAUUUUACACGAAGAGAACAUCAGUGAACUUCUGCCCAUCGACAGGAUCAAAGAGCCUUUUGGAAACGUCUCUUUUAGUUUAUCAGAUGAGCACGGGACCAAAGCAGAUCUGUUCUGUCAAAUACUUGAACCGAGGGACUCCACUAAAAUCAGCUGGAAUUACACCAAUUCUCAGCAGAUCGCUGCUAACAUGACUCUCUUUUUUGAUGUGGAAUGUACUUUUGACAGAGACAACUACGAAAGCUUAUGGAGGCUCCUUGCGUACUACAGUGAAGUACCUGUGCAUCUGCGAAGGGAAAUUAUGUUAACCAGAGAGCCCGAGCUGAGCUACAGAUACAAGCAGGACAUUGAAAAGGACGCCUUCUAUUACACCGGAGUGCGAGCCAACGUCUUAGCUCGGCCAUCUUGGCUCAUGCAGUCCUUUAUGAACAUCAAACUGAACAGGCCCUAUUCUUCCUCCAGGAGCGUGCGACUCAUUCUUAAUACUCAAGUGUCAACCGUCACGGACGAAGACCUGAUCAGACAGCAGAAGAGACCCUGGGUCAUGAUCGAACAUCACAACAAAACUAAAACAACCUUCAGCUGUGUUGUGGGUGGUAUGAUUGAAAUGAACUGUGUUGUUCGCAGCUCUGAGGAUGCUGCCGUUCAGUGGAUGUUGCCUGAUGGUUCGAGGGUUUCAUCGAGCACACCUCACGGCAGAGUGACCGUCUCUAGCACUGGCAAGCUUCACAUCAAAUCCGUCGACCACAGCGAUGUUGGAGUUUAUUACUGCAUUGCUGAAGUUGUCGGAGACAUUGAUAUUGUGCCUUUUCGUUUGGCAGUUGUGGAUUCGUCCACCCCUCUUCAGGGUGAAGAGAUUGGAAGUGCUUUAACUAGAUUUGUUGGUGAGUCUGCCACUUUGCCUUGUCUUUCUGUAGCAGCACCAGAUGCUGUGGUGAAUUGGAUCUUUCCAGAUGGCAGUAUACUGAAUUCCGAGGCAAACACAUCCAAGGCUUUAAUCUACUCCAAUGGUACUUUGUUCAUUCCGUAUAGCCAGUUGAACAACAAUGGUUACCACAAAUGUGUAGCCUUAAACCAAUUUGGUGUGGAUGUUUUGGCUACUAAACUCACAGUCUUGGGAAGGAAAAGAAUCCAGCCACUCCGACCGUAUCCUAGCAGACCGCAAUCUGCUGCAGGUGUCUCCACUAGAGUAAACGUUUUUUUGGAGGAUGUGGAAGAGGCAUCUGGAGAUGAUUCCAAUACUCAAGAGCGAAUACAGCACAACAGAAACUCCAUGAAUCGCAGAAGGGGUCCAAAUGCCACAACACGUGGACAUUCUUUUGGCCACGGAAGACGUAGAAGGCCCUUUAGAAAACAAAAUAAAUCUGACUUUGCAAACCAAAGAAGUGCUAAUACAAAAAGCAAAAUAGAUCCACACAAAUGGGCUAAUAUUUUGACCAAAAUCCGUGAGAAAUCUGCUUCCAAAAAUACAUCAUUUCAUACCGUCCAAAAAAACACAUUAGUAAAUGUAGAAAGUCCAGGAGUGAUUGAUAAUACAGAAGGCUCAUCUCCAGAUGACUCUGGUCAACAUGCUUACAACACACAAGUGGUUAAAGUUACAGCUCAUGUAGAGGAAGAGAAUAAAAACAUCAACCAAACUGCUUCUUCUGAGGUCGACACUAGUGCAGACAAAAUUACUUACAUCACAACUCCUCAAUCUGUUUCUAAUUAUGGGAUCACAGAGAUAAAUGUUGCAGAAGACAGGCAUGUGGGCACCAUCAGUGGGGAACGGAUAGAAAACAACCAAAUAUACUCAGGCCCUGUCAUCAGACCUCCAUCUGAGAGAGAGAUUGAACUUAAUUUCUCUAAGACUGGUGCUCUGGAUUCAGGGGAAAAUGGCAGCUCUUUAUUGUCAACCACUUUAACCAGUAAUACUGGACAGGAGGCCCCAUCUGGCUCUGUGCAAUUUAGAGCAAGAAAUAACUCCAGACAACGAGCAUUUGGGAGUAGGCGGCGAAAAAAAUUAAGAAGGCCAUUCUUGAAGCCCACUAUAAGCAGCCCACGGUCAUCUUAUAUACACCCCACAAUCCCAGCUGGAGACACAAAAGUCUAUUCAACCUCUGGUACUACUGGCCCCAUAUACCCCACAAUCCCAACAGGUGACGCAAAUGUCUAUUCAAUCCCUGGUACUACUGGGCCCAUAUAUCCCACAACCUCAACAGGUGACACAAAUGUCUUUUUAACCUCUGGUACUAUUGGGCCCAUAUAUCCCACAACCUCAACAGGUGACACAAAUGUCUUUUUAACCUCUGGUACUACUGGGCCCAUAUAUCCCACAACCUCAACAGGUGACACAAAUGUCUUUUUAACCUCUGGUACAACUGGGCCCAUAUAUCCCACAACCCCAACAGGUGACACAGAUGUCUAUUCAACCCCUGAUACUACUGGCCCCAUAUACACCACAACCCCAAAAGGUGACAGAGAUGUCUAUUUAACUUCUGGUACUACUGGCCCCAUAUACCACACAAUCCCAAAUGGGAACGCAUCAAUUUAUCCAACCACUGUGAAUACUGCCUACAAACACCCUACAGUCACAACUGGAGACGCAUCCGUCUAUCCAACCUUUGGAGCCCAUAUGUACUCCUCAAUCCCAACAGGUGAUAUAAAAGUCUAUUCAACCUCUGGUACUACUUUCCCCAUACACCCCUCAAUCCCAACUAGGGACGCAUCAAUCUAUCCAACUUCUGGAGAUACUACUCACAUAUACCCUACAGUCACACUUGGAGGUGCAUCUUCCUAUCCGAGAUCUGGAGAUACAGGCCACAUAUACCCUACAGUGCUGAGAGCAUUACCUGGUGGAAAUAGUGUUAAAAACAAAGAGAUUACUUUUUUAGACAAAAAAGAGGGUGGAAAGAGUCCAUAUACAGGAGAGAGGAUAGAUAAAUACUUGACUCCCAAAGAAGUACAUUCAACAUCUUCACCUGGUACUGGAUAUGUCCCACUGACAACAGCUUUACAGGUGGCUAGCAGUGAGAUAGAGGCAACUGAAAGCAGUUUUACUCUGAGCCCAGGUGAGUCUCUGAUGGAUGUCCUUCGAUCUGAUGGUCAAAGAGAGAAUCAUGCUUUGAGUAGAACUAGUGCUGGAGAAAAUAACUCUGUUCCUUUAGUUCCACCACAGAAUAACUCCCUGUUACAUGUGACUCACAAGUUUAAUGACCUAUCAAUUCAAAAUCAAGUAUCUUUUUCAUUAACAACAGAGGCACCUGCAAAAUCCAUAAGCUUUGUGGGGAGACAAAAGUUUUUUGCCACAAGUUCACAUACACCUGUUGCCACUUUCAUUGAAAACAAUGAUUUUGUUUCUGGGGUAGAUUACAGAGAACGGUCAGUCCUUACACAUGAUAAACCUUUGAUUGUUCCAGCUGCAUCCACGUAUGCUUCACCCAUUACAACAGUGCCCACCUCUGCCACCAGGAUUUCCAUUACAACCCAACCCAAUGGAACAACACCAUCUAUUGACCUGCCUACAGCAACCACAUUAUCUUUAACCAACGCUGAAAGGUCUGCGGUCCAGCCAACACCUGGCCUUCCUGUACAAGACAACAGAAUCCCAUUUCACUCAAGAAAUCCUGAAACAAACUUCAUAGUCAAAGAAAAUGGAAGAAUCCCCUCCACAAAUAACAAAUAUCCUUAUUAUUACGAAAGACAUCGCUCUGGAAAUAUUCAGCCCAAUAUUAUCAGAAGUUCAUCUGUGGAUAUACAGUCUGUCAAAAACAUCCAAACUACAACAACUGCUGUACCAGACAGUUCAAAUCUUAAAACAUCCUCAAGCAGCACACAGUCAAAACAGAAGAUUCAGACAGAAGGAGAAUCAGUGAACAAGAAGUGGAGUGAAGUUCUGUCUCAAACCCAUCAAACGCUUUCUACUCUUCAGAAGAGACCCAGAAUUACCACAGCUAAAUUUCACACAGUCACUGUAGAUGCUGGCUCACGUCUGCAGGUGCCUUGUGAUUCUGUGGGGGAUCCCCAACCUUUCUUGAGCUGGACCAAAGUCUCCACAGGAGCCAUUAUGUUAGCAGAUACCAGAAUCCAGAGAUUUGAGGUUCACCCCAAUGGGACAUUUGUCAUCCACAAUGUCCAGCUUCAGGACCGUGGCCAGUAUCUUUGCACCGCUCGCAAUCUGUAUGGCUCCGAUCGAAUGACAGUGACCCUGGUGGUGUUGGCCCACGUGCCCAGGGUGACACUUCCACGUCAUCGAGAUGUGAUGGUUUAUCUAGGAAAAAGGGUUGUUCUGGAAUGCCAAGCUCAAGGUCUUCCCACCCCAAACAUAAGCUGGGUUCUUCCGGAUCGCUCUGUGGUGCGUACUGUUAGCGGAUCUGAACAGAGAGUUAUGAUGCUCGCUAACGGAAGUCUGGAAAUCAAGCACACCAAUUACAUGGACAGGGGCGUCUACAAAUGCAUCGCAAGCAAUGCCGCUGGUGCGGACAUGUUGUCAGUGAGACUCCAAAUUUCAGCAUUGCCUCCGAUGAUCCAUCAGCAGCGCAGGGAGAACCGGACGGUUCUCGGCGGCCAGGCCGUAUACAUCCACUGCACUUCCGAAGGCUUCCCUAGUCCGACCCUCCGCUGGGUCACAUUUAAUGGCACGCAGAUUCGCCCAUCACAGUUCAUCAAUGACAACCUGUUUGUUUUCCCAAAUGGGACGCUGUAUAUUCGCAAACCGACAGAACAGGAUUCUGGGAAUUAUGAAUGUGUAGCUGUGAAUUCUGUAGGUGUGGCAAUGAGAAGUGUGAGUCUACAUGUAAAGGGAAAUUCCUCUAUGGCUAAAAUCAUCUCCACGUCACCACAGAUGACAAAUGUUCAGUACGGAGGUCAGCUGAGUUUAGAUUGUACCGCCACUGGAACCCCAAAUCCUAGGAUCAUCUGGAGAACACCAUCUAAAAAACUGCUUGAUGCUCAUUACAGCUUUGAUCGAAGGAUGAAAGUGUUCAGUAAUGGCUCUUUAACCAUCAGACCGGUGACAGAGAAGGAUGAGGGCGACUAUCUCUGUGUGGCCAGAAACAAAAUGGGUGAUGAUUAUUUGCUUCUGAGAGUUAAAGUGAUAACGAAAGCUGCUAAAAUCGAACACAAGCCACUGAACCACCACAAAGUGAGCUAUGGAGGUGAGCUAAAGGUGGACUGCAUCGCUUCAGGUCUUCCCAACCCAGAGAUUGCGUGGAGUCUUCCGGAUGGUACCGUAAUUAACAGCGUCUUGCAGUCGGAUGACAGCGGUGUCCGCAGGAAGAGAUAUGUGGUGUUUGACAACGGCACGCUGUAUUUCAACGAGGUCGGCAUGAAAGAGGAGGGCGACUACACGUGCUACGCAGAGAACCGCAUCGGUAAAGAUGAGAUGAAGGUUAACAUCAGGGUGGUUGCCAGUGUGCCAGUGAUUCAUAAUAACACCGCUGAUGCCAUCAGAGUUCCUUACGGGAAGACGGCUGUGCUCACUUGUCGUGCUGAAGGAAAACCUGCUCCCACUAUCACAUGGAUGUCCCCGGUGAAUCGUGUCAUAUCAGCAGUGUCAGACAAACACAGAGUCACUGAAGAUGGGACGCUGCACGUUCAUAAGGUCCAGAGGUUUGACACGGGAAAUUAUACUUGCUUAGCUAGAAACGCUGUGGGAAUAGACAGGAAAGUAAUUCAUGUAGAAGUUCUUGUAGAUGUCCCUGUUAUUAACGGAUUAAAGGACCCAGGAACCAUCAGAAGAACUGUUAUGAAAGAUCAUGAUGUACUUUUGGACUGCAGAACUGAAGGAAAUCCAGUGCCGCAGAUCACAUGGGUGCUGCCCAACAACGUAGCGCUGCCAGCGCCGCAUUACGGCUCAAGAAUCACCGUACAUCGCAACGGUACCCUGGAGAUUCGUGCCGUGCGCAAAAGUGAUUCUGCCGUGUUUCUCUGCAUUGCACGUAAUGAAGGAGGAGAAGCCAAACUCCAAAUUCAACUCGAUGUGACUGAAGAUAUAGAAAAGCCACGUUUAAGAGAUUUACCUGUAGAGCACAUCCCAUUAACUGAUGGUGUAUUAGUGACUUUAAACUGCUCUGUAGACGGCAGACCCACACCUGAGGUUACCUGGAUUUUACCCAAUGGCACAUCGCUCCUCAGAGGCUCCGGUGUUUUCCGCUUUCAUCAUAAACUCGAUGGAAGUUUGCUUAUUAGAGAACCUUCAGUUUCAGAGGCGGGCCGGUAUCGCUGUGUGGCCCACAACAGCGCCGGAUAUGUCGAGCGGAUCGUGAUGCUGGAGUCCGGCAGAAAGCCAGACAUACUCAACAAGUACAACUCUUUGGUCAGCAUUGUUAACGGGGAGAACUUGGAGCUGAACUGUCAGUCGAGCGGUAAACCAGAACCUGAACUGACGUGGACUCUGCCCAGCGGUGUUAUUUUGGCCAGGCCACAGCAAACGGGCCGCUACGCUGUUCUGAAUAACGGUACUCUGAGCGUCCAAAGAGCGUCCGUUUACGACAGAGGAAUAUACGUCUGUCAGACGAAUAACCAACAUGGAUCUUCCAGUCUGACGGUUUCCGUGAUCGUAAUCGCUUAUCCUCCUCGCAUCACCAGCGGCCCGGCACCGGUCACGUACGCCAAGCCCGGUGCAUCGCUUCAGCUCAACUGUUUAGUUCUCGCCACACCGAAAGCAGAGGUGAUUUGGGAAAUGCCCGAAGGCAUCCAGUUCAAGGUCGGCACGCAGCCGCGACUCUACGGAAACAAAUAUCUCCAUCCGCAGGGUUCAUUAAUCAUUCAGAAUCCAUCAAAAAAAGACAAUGGAUUAUAUAAGUGCACUGCCAAAAACGUGGUGGGUAGUGACAGCAAAUCGACUUAUGUCUAUGUGUUUUAAUGUCAUAUGAUUAACUUUACAGAUGAGCCAGAUGAUCCGUGUGGACUAUACUGUAAAAAACAUUGCAAUACAGAAACUCAAUAUGAUUUACUCAAGGUUGGGAUAUUAGUACGGGAGUGAAGAUUGUUGUCCAUGUAAAAUCCCCAUGGAUUGUAAUGAAAGCGGAUGAUUUUAGGUAGCAAACAAGUCUUCUCAUGAAGCUAAAAUGUUCAAUCCAGCAAACUUACCUUGAAUUCACUGUAAAUUGGUUUGGUUAGCCACAUUGUAAAUAAAUAAGUUUUUGAAUGUUGUAUUUCAGUUUCAGUGAAUGAGAGUAAAACAUGAAUAUUACGUUCUUCUCUGCUAAAUCAAAUCUGUGUAUAAAUUUCAUGAAUGAAAGUAAUGUGACAGUAACAGUACACACAUAUCCUUAGAUGAGGAUUUCUGAAUAAAAUGAUAUUUCUAUUUGAUGUGUUCCUCUAUGUUUCAUGUCAAUUGU